AGAUUUUCUUGAUUUGGAUGUGCAUAUUUGAAAAUAAGAAAGGAUUAUUUUAAGUUAUAGUAAGUCUGACUGCGUUCUUUGUGGGAAAGAUGUCUUAUAUAAUAGCAUCUCCAUGUUUAUGAAGUGAGUGGCUUAAGUAAUUUAGGACACACAUGUUUUGAAAAAGCUUUUCACCGUCUGCUUUUCAUGAUGUCAAAUACAUUUAAGAGCAUUGCAUGUGCAAUUUCAGGAGGUGUUGAUAGCUCUGUUGCAGCUUUGCUUCUCAAAGAACAAGGCUACAAAGUUCUGGGUGUUUUUAUGAGAAACUGGGAUAUUGCUGAUGAAACAGGUCAUUGUCAAGCAGAUCAAGACAAAGAAGAUGCAAGUUUUGUUUGCAAUAAACUUGGUAUACCAUUAAUUGAAGUCAAUUUUGUAAAAGAAUACUGGAAUAAUGUGUUUAGCUGUUUUCUUCAAGAUUACAAAAAAGGGAUGACACCUAAUCCUGAUAUUCUGUGCAACAAAAAAAUUAAGUUUGAUGCUUUUUUAAAGUUUGCUGUGAAUAAAUUGAAAGUUGAUGCAAUUGCAACUGGCCAUUAUGCUCGAAUACACCCUCCUAAUGAAGCCGGAAAAAAUUUUAAACUUUUAAAAGGAGUGGAUGAGCAAAAGGAUCAAACCUUUUUUCUUUCACACAUCCCGCAAUUUGCCUUAAGAAAGUGCAUUUUUCCUGUUGGUUCUAUGACCAAGAGUAUGGUUAAAAACAUCGCUUUUAAUGCUGGACUUGAAAAAAUAGCUCUAAAAAAAGAGAGUGUAGGAAUUUGUUUCAUUGGACGACGAAAUUUUCAAAGCUUUAUUCAAGAUUAUAUUGAGCCUAAAAAGGGAAACUUUGUGAACAUUGAAGAUGGCAGAGUCAUAGGACAACAUGAUGGUGUCCAUUGCUGGACUGUUGGACAAAGGUGUGCUAUUGGAGGUCAACCUUCGGCAUUUUAUGUGGCAGAAAGAAAUGUUUGCACACAACAAAUACUUGUUGCUCCUGGAAGAAUGCAUCUGGCAUUAUUUCACCAGACAUUAAUUACAGAACCUCCAUAUUGGAUCAGUGAGCCACCAGUUGAUUUAAACAGUGGUGGACAUUUUAAGUGUGAUUUUAGAUUUCAGCACAGAGAACCUAUUAUAAAAUGUUUUAUGUUUAAAAAUAAAAAUGGACAACUACAGAUAUUUUUAGAAAAACCCCUUCGUGCUCUUACUCCUGGGCAAUAUGCAGUGUUUUAUGUUGGUGAAGAGUGUUUGGGAAGUGCAAAAAUAAUUAGCAGAGGUCCUUCAAUAUAUUCUUUAAAUAAAAUUAAAUAUAACUGCUGUAAUAAAAUUGCUGUACAAAUUUAA